GGCUAGAACCCCCAGAUGCACUGAAUGAGGGCAGGGUCAGCAUCCCCAUGGAUGGGAUGCAGUGCCAGCACUGCUGAUGGGAAGGAGGGGAAGCUGGGGGGGGGGGGGGUGGGGAACAGACAGGGCCCCCCCACGCCUCAUCCCAGCUGCUGUCCCUGUCCCGGCGGGCAGCCAGGGUAUAGCGUUACCUCUGACCUUGCUCAGGGGGGGCACCGCCACGCCAACCCCCCCCAGCUCCACCAUGGAGGAGAAAUCAGCCAAAAUCCCGGGUAUGGGACAAAGGUGGGGGGCGGGAAGAAGAAUAGAAGGGAGGGGAGGGGUUGUGUUUGUAUAAGGGGGGGGGAAUGGGGGGGUGACCCGCAGCUCCGGGGACACUGACCGUAGUGGGGACAGAGGGCAGAGCCAUGGCGGCGGUGGCAUCGGGACAGCUGACUCAGAACCCCCUGCAAAAAGUAUGGGUUCCCCUUAGCCUGCAUCGUCUGCGGAGGAGAGGAUCAACUGUACCUCAAUUCACCAACUGCCCCACCAUGGUGAUCCUGGUGGGGCUGCCAGCCCGUGGCAAAACCUACAUCUCCCGCAAGCUCACCCGGUACCUCAACUGGAUUGGCAUGCCAACACGGGUGUUCAAUGUGGGGCAAUACCGCCGUGAAGCAGUGCAGAGCUAUAAGAACUACGAGUUCUUCCGCCACGAUAACGAGGAGGCCAUGCAGAUCCGCAGGCAGUGUGCGCUGGCUGCACUGCAGGACGUCCGCACCUAUCUGAGCUCUGAAGAGGGGCAGGUGGCGGUGUUUGAUGCCACCAACACGACGAGGGAGCGCCGAGCCCUCAUCAUGCAGUUUGCAAGGGAGAAUGGCUACAAGGUCCUGUUUGUCGAGUCCAUCUGUGAUGACCCUGCCAUCAUCGAGGAGAACAUCAAGCAAGUGAAACUGAGCAGCCCUGACUACAAGGGCUGCACCCCGGAGGAAGCAGUGGCCGAUUUCCUGCAGCGCAUCGAAUGCUACAAAGCCACCUACGAGCCCUUGGACGAACAGCUGGACAGCGGGCUGUCUUACAUCAAGAUCUUCGACGUGGGGGUCCGGUACCUGGCCAACCGGGUGCAGGGCCACGUGCAGAGCAGGACGGUGUACUACCUGAUGAACACUCACGUCACACCACGUGCCAUCUACCUGAGUCGCCACGGGGAGAGCCAGCUCAACCUGAAGGGACGCAUCGGGGGGGACGCAGGGCUGUCCCCCCGUGGGCGCCAGUACGCCCAGGCCUUGGCCGAAUUCAUCCGGAGCCAAAGCAUCCGUGAGCUGAAGGUGUGGACCAGCCACAUGAAGCGCACCAUCGAGACGGCCGAGGCGCUGGGCGUGCCCUACGAGCAGUGGAAGGCGCUCAAUGAGAUCGAUGCGGGUGUCUGUGAGGAGAUGACCUACGAGGAGAUCCAGGAGCGUUACCCCGAGGAGUUCGCCCUGCGUGACCAGGACAAGUACCGCUACCGCUACCCCAAGGGCGAGUCCUACGAGGACCUGGUGCAGCGUUUGGAGCCUGUCAUCAUGGAGCUGGAGCGGCAGGAGAACGUCUUGGUCAUCUGUCACCAGGCCGUCAUGCGCUGCCUGCUGGCUUAUUUCCUGGACAAGAGCUCUGAGGAGCUGCCCUACCUCCGGUGCCCCCUGCACACAGUGCUCAAGCUGACCCCCGUGGCUUACGGGUGUGAAGUGGAGUCCAUCUUCCUCAACGUGGAGGCAGUGAACACCCAUCGCGAGCGGCCCCAGAACGUCGACGUCAGCCGCCCCACGGCCGAAGCUUUGGUCACCGUUCCUAAGCACUACUGAGCCCCUUCCCCCAACCUCCCCCC